AUGGAUAAAAUGGACCGUUCGCGUUCACCCGUGAGAGAUAGAGCUGGAGGUGACGAUGCAGGACAACAUGCAUCUGCUACUGGUGGUAGUGGGAGAGAAUCAUAUGGGAGAAGAGACUAUAACAGCUCUGGUUCUUCAUACCGAGGCGGUUAUAGAGGUGGUGGUAGUAGCCGGGGUGGUAGUAGAUAUGACCGUGGCAGAGGAGGUUAUGAUCGGGGCAGAGACUAUUCCAGAAAUUUCAACUCAGCUGGGGCUGGGGCCGGGGCCGGGGCUGGAAUGUCAUCAGGAAGCGGCGAACACUCUUUCCGUUCAAAAUCAGAUAGGAAUUAUGACAACUCAGUAUUCAUAGGAAAUGUUCCCUUUGAUGCAACUCCCAGAGAUAUUGAAUCGAUCUUCAAAGGAGAGUUUGAAAUCGUCAGAGCCGAUAUUGUCACCAAAAAUGGAAGGUCCAGAGGUAUGGCCACAGUUGAGUUUAAAAAUAAAGAUGGUGUUACAAAUGCCAUUAACAAGUAUGACCACUCAGAAUUCCAGGGAAGAGAAAUUUUUGUCAGACAAGACUACCCACCACCUGAGAAGAAGCUGUUUGAGCGUGAUGGUGAUAAAGGCGGGAGAAGCGGAAGAGGUGAAAGAGGUGGAAGGGGUGGAUAUAAUGACUCCUACAAUGGGAGAGGAAGAGAAGCUGGAGCUGGAGGGGCAUACAGUGGAUACGGUGGCCGCGGAGGCCGCGGAGGCUAUGGCAAUGAUCGUGGUGGAUAUGGCGGUAGAGCCGAAUACAAGCCUCCUCCUCCUCCGGCUACGCCUGGUACCGAGGUGUUUGUUGGAAACUUGCCCUUUUCUGUCAAUUGGCAAGCUUUGAAGGAUCUCAUGAGGGAGGCUGGUCAAGUCAUCCGUGCAGAUGUUCGUUUAGACGACUGGGGAAGAUCGCGAGGAUUUGGAACAGUUGUUUUUGCCACCCCAGAAGAAGCCGAUAAAGCCGUUAAUAUGUUUCAAGGUUAUAGCUUGGAUGGAAGAGUUUUGGACACUAGACACGGACGUUCCACUGCUGUGUCGACUGGAGAGAGAUUCGGAGGAGCAGGUGGAUUCCGCCAGAGCGGAGAAAGGAAUACAGAAUUUACUGAAGGAGUUACAGGAGGAAACGAGGAGCCAUCAGAAACAAUUUUUGUUGAAAAUUUGCCGUUUAGUACCCAAAACGAUGAUUUGUUUGAUUUAUUUGAGACUGUGGGAAGAGUUACUAAGGCUGAGAUCCAGUACCAGGCCGAUGGUAGGGCUAGUGGUAAUGCAGUUGUGCAGUUUGAAUUGGCAGAGUUGAGUGACAAGGCUAUUCAAGAGUUGAAUGAUUACGAAUAUGGUGGUAGAAGACUUCAAAUAAGUUACGCACAUCGACCAAAUGCAUCAUCAUCAACAUCAUCAACAUCCAAUGCUAACUCUACCACUACUGCUGCUGCUGGUACUGAGUCGACUGGUGGAAAUGAUGAUGAUAAUUCUAAUGCUGAUUCUGGUGGUUUUGAGGAUACCGAUGUUGUCGUUGAAGAUGCCCCCGAUAACAAUACUGCCGAUCCCGUUGAUGAUGACUCUACACCAGUUGAAUAA